AGUAGACUUUGGAAUCGAUAAUAUUGGAGCUGUUAGCGAGUAGUCAUUUACUUGUGUCUGAAAGACGUCUUUGGCUGUUAAGUGAUAUUGUAUAGUUUAUGGUGUUGUCCUGUAGGGUAAUAAUAUUUCGUCGUUGUUGUAGGACUUUUGAACUCACUUUUCUGGUCACUUUCCCUAGGUAUCUAAACGACAUGGAGUCGACUGAAAAAAUGUGUUGUAUUGUCACGUUGUCGGAAUCGUUUUCUGACCAGAAACCAGUAAGCUGUAGUGGAGUCAUCUUAAACACACACACUGGACUCUUGCUCUGCAACGGUAUUUGCUUCUCUCGCUUUAUGAACGUCAAGGAUGCGCUGCCUCCAGAGCACCGGUUCCUGCUACCAGAAUGUUUCAGUAGCAAGCUUAAAAUCAGGCUCAAAUUCCACCAACAGCAAAAUCUAGACACAAACCAGUGCGCAUACAAGUCAUGCACCGUUAUGGAGAGCAACAGCCCUUCGCAAUGUCAGCACCAAACUACAGCCCAGCUACUAUUGCUAGUCAACUGUAUUGAGUUUAGGAGGGCUUUCGAGAAGAUGUUCAAAGCUUCUGAUAAGUGGGAUUUCUAUGGUGGGGAGGAGGAUACAGAGAUUGUGAGGGACACCGAGUUUCUGAGCUGGUUUGCUCUGCUCAAGGUACCAGCCUUGGCCAGGGUGUCAAACAUAAACAGUGGAACCACCCCAUGGGUGGCGAGUUCCACUCUCAUGAAGGGAUGUGAAGUCCUCGCUUGUGGUUCUCCCUUCGGCACCUUUUGCCCUGAUCUCUUCAUGAGCACCCUGAGCAAGGGCAUCAUAAGUAACCUGGCAGGGGAAGAUAACGCCCUCCUUUUCACAGACGCCCGCUGUCUACCCGGUACAGAGGGUGGGGGCCUUUUUGUACCCAACGAAGGCCAAACGCAUCUCGUUGGUGUUAUCGUGUCACCAUUGUGCUGGAAAGCCAGCGAGUGGAUCGGGCUGACCCUUGUGUGCUCGUUCCAGGUGAUUUUGAGGAACAUCAUAUGGUGCGUGAACAUUCAGAAUUCGCACAAAGAGAUCCACCACGUACAGGAACUGACGGACUCCUUCCAGGUCGUGCAGCAUAAAACUGAAACUCAGAAAUACCCCACAGUGGCCUUAGUAGAUGCUGGACAAUUCUGGGGAUCAGGGAUCCUGGUCAGUCCUCUGCUGGUAGUCACUUGUCGCCAUGUUGUCAAUGGAAAACGUGUUGUCGCCCUGAGAUUCAACACCAACGACAGUAUUCAUGUUGUGAAGGGUGAUGUCCUAUUCUCCACCAAGCUGUCGUCGCCCUAUGACGUAGCUGUUGUACAGCUAAGAAACCCGCCCCUCAAAGGGGUGGUGUCGCGCUUGGCCAAGUGUUUUAUACCAGGUGAGGAUGUGGUUGUGGUGGGAUAUGGAGCCUUCGGUCAGCGCUGUGGUCCCUCUCUGACCAGUGGCAUCCUGUCCAGGGCCAUCCGCUGUCGGGGCCAGCCCAUCAUGCUGCAGACCACUGCUGCAGUGCAUGCAGGAACUAGUGGGGGAGCGGUGGUGGCGGCAGGAUCAGGAGAGGUGCUAGGUCUGGUGUCCAGUAACACCAGGGACUUUGCAGCCAAGGUGACCUACCCCCACCUGAACUUCAGUGUCCCAAUGACUGUCUUAGAGCCAUUGCUUCAGAGUUACACCCAGAAUGGUGAAAUAGGUGUUUUCCAGGCCUUAGAUACAACCGAUGAGGAAGUCCAGAGGGUGUGGAGGCUACAGGCUGCUCAUAGCAAACUAUGACUGAAUAAACAAACACACUGUACUUAGUCCAACACUCAAUGUAAUUGGUAGACUAUUUUUAACUUUUGUAUAAUAUUGUGUUAUACUAUCAUUGUCACUAUCACCUACUAUCAUUGGUUUGAAAUGGAAAAUGUGUGUCCCAUCAUAUUUGUGUAAAUAUAACAACCCAUGAAAAAACACCAAUAUCUCUGAAAUAAUUGUAUUUCAAAAGGGUCCGACUUUCAGUUAAUAAACGGUUGAUUGUG